AUGGUGGAAUCAUCGGGAAACCCGCUUGUUUCAACCACCCGCGCCUCUGACGCCAGUCCCACAGUUCAGCUUCACCCACUAGUCCUCCUCACAAUAACCGAUUGUGUAACACGGCACACACUACGACAGCAGACAGGGCCGGUAGUCGGUGCCAUAUUGGGGGCACAAGAUGGACAGAAUAUCACCAUGGAGGUCGCUUUCCAAGCAAAACUCCGGUCAAACGAGGACGGCGAAACAACGCUCGAUGACGAUUGGUUCAGCAAGCGGAUCGAGGAUUUCAAGGACGUACACAAAGAGCCCCAGCUCGACAUUGUCGGAUGGUUUACCCUCGGUCCCGCCUCUGGCCCCGAGCCUCACCUUCUUCCCAUACAUUCACGGAUAUCUGAAGUCUACACCGAAUCGCCAUUACUUGUUCUCUUCCACCCUGAAAAUGCCUUCUCUGAGGAAACUGCUGCCGGAAAAUUGCCACUUACAGUCUACGAAUCCGUCUCUGUCAGCACGUCGAGCGAACCGAACGAUAAGGUCAUGGAUGUCGAUGGCGCAGUACAGCCAAAGUCAACCAAAUUCCGGGAGCUAGUAUACUCUAUUGAGACUGGCGAGGCCGAGAUGAUAUCUGUUGACUUUGUCGCCCGUGGUGGAGGAAACGCAACGGCGGUCGAGGGCUCAGUUGACGUCCCAGUGUCGAAUGCCGAGGCUUCAGCGAAUGACGAAGAUGCUGGAAAACGAAUCACGCGAGGCAAACAGAAAGAGAAGGAGAAGAUGGCGGAAGAUGCUCCAAUUGAGGAGUCGCAGAUUUUGAGUGCAGAUGACGAAGAGAUUUUGUCUACCCUUACAGCAAAGAUGAACGCUAUUCGUAUGCUUGGUCGACGUAUAGCUCUGCUCCGCGCUUACCUCAACUCCCUUCCACCAUCAUAUCUGUCUGAUGCGUCGCUCCCAAUCAAUCCUACACUAGACGAGCAACAUUCAUUGCCUCUGAAUCAUCCAAUUCUUCGCAGCAUUUCCGCUAUGCUCGCUCGAAUCAACAUUCUUGCCCCUCCAGACGCUGCUGCUUUUACCCUCGAAUCUCAGCAAGAGGCUUCUGAUGUCCAGCUGGUCAACUUGCUGGCAUCUAUUACCAACUCGGUAUCAGCGGCCAAGGAAUUUGGCCGUAAGAGUUCUAUUGUCGAGCAUGGAAAGAACCAAGGUAAAAACCGCAUGGGCGCCAUGGGCGGAUACGGAGGGGGUGGUGGAUACCCCGGUGGCAGUUAUGGAGGCGGGGGCGAUGGCAACUUUUUUAACACUGUCUUGUCAGGAGGGUCAGGAGUGGACAGGUGGUGA